AUGCCUUUUCAAAAUGCCACAGCUGGAGCCAUAACAGAAUUUGUUAUCAUUGGUUUUAAUGGGACUCAGCAUCCAAAGACUGUUGGAUUCAUCAUUUUGACAAUUUACUUCCUAAUUUUGCUGGGAAACACCACUAAUAUAUGCAUCAUUGCAAGGGAUAGGCGAUUGCACACGCCUAUGUACUUUUUUGUGUCCAACCUCGCUGUUGUGGACAUCAUCCGCAGCACCAGUACCAGCCCAACAAUGAUCAUAAUUCUUCUAGCUGACAUGACAACCAUCUCUUACAAACCGUGUCUGACUCAGAUGUUCAUUUCCACCUUGGGCGAUAUGAUGGAAGUAUUUACCAUUACACUAAUGGCUUAUGAUCGUUUGGUUGCAAUUUCCAAUCCUUUACGGUAUCACAGUGUCCUCACAAAGACUCGUAUUUCCUUAUUAACCAUAUCAUCAUGGGCGCUGGCUUCAGCCCUUAUUGCUGUUUUUACAGGAAUAGCAGACAGACUUCCCUUCUGCCAACCAACCCUUCAGUAUGCAUUCUGUGACUAUGCUGCUUUGGUAAGUGCAGCCUGUGUCAAUCCUGAAAUUCUUCUUCUGUUACCAUCUAUGAUUUCCUUGAAAGUAGGUUUGGUUUGCAUUAGUGCUACAUUAAUGGGGGAGGCGUUGGAGAGUGGCAGCUGCAGGGGAAUGGGCUGGUGA